AACGUACCCUGACAGAUUUGUCAGCCAGUUGAACUCUGACCAAAACAAACUCAGGCGGAUAAAUAUUUGUCUUUGACGUCUGACUUUAAAACAGACACUUUCCAAAUGCUUAGACGACUGAACAAGAGGUGUGAGGGGAAUUAAUGUAUUAGCUGGCUUGGAGAAGUAACUGCGCUUGUAGCUUGUGGUAGCUGAAGCCGUUAGCCGUUAGCUAGAACGCCAACGUUACCGCAAGCUAACAGAAGCCGUUAGCUAACGGUAACGUUAUGCCAGACGACCCAACAACCACAGCCGUUGGGAGAAGAAGCUGUUGCCUCCGUUGCCUUAACUAUCAGCCCAGCAGAUUGACACUGGCUUACCUGCUAGUUAGGUAGCUAGUUAAGCUAAACAUUGAUAACUAAUUUUAUACGUUGCCUUUUAUACUGCCUGGGAUAACAGCUCCAGUAUGGGGAUGUGCUUACCGUGCCUUGGUGGAGCAGCGGACGACGUUGUUGUCACUCCAGAUCCGGAGACAAGGAGACGACAAUUAGCUGAGGCCGCAGAGAAGAGACAAAAAGAGACAACAUACAGGGGUGUUAAAAAUCCAGAAGCGGUCGAAAGAAAAAAGAAAAAACAGGAAGAAAUGGAAAAACAGGCAAUGACCACCUCAGUGUCUGGUGGUGGUGGCGGCGGGUUGAAGUGGCAGGUGGGCUGAAGAACAUGAAGGUAACACCUGAAGUCUUGACUCUGAAGUCCAAAACAAUAUGAAGUAUUGCGACAAGAUGACUUGAAAGAUGUUUGAACUGCUGUCCAGUUUUGUUUUUUCUUUUCUUUUUUGCCUAAUUUAUGAUGUUAUGAGACAAACGACUACAUGCUUUAUGCAAAACAAUCUGAAGUGACUACAAACCAGAACAGCUGGACUUACCCCCUUGUUGCCAAGUUAUACAAGCCAGUUUGGACCUUUGGACACGUCAGGGAUGAAACAGAAAUGUGCGAACAUAUACAGGUCCUGCUGUGUUAGUUUUAUUUGACAGCUGAUAAGACAGUUUUAUGGCGACCAACAUUAUAUAACACUAAAUUAAUAUGAUUAUAAAGUCCAGCAGUAUCUCUGCUGACUCGUCAUAUUAAGACAAAGCUGUCCUCAACACUUUUCACCUUUUACACUACACUGCUUUUGGUUUUCAUUGUCGAAGGUCAAUAUUUACUGUAAAUCCACAUUGGCCACAUUACUUUUUGUACGACUUCUCAAAAAAUCCGUUAUGCAAAUAAAGUAAAAGCAGUUUAUGUUUACAAAAUGUAAGUGUGCUUAUUAGUAUACAGUGAAAAGCACAGAGUUAAUACUCAUUUCACCUUAUUUCAGGCUCUAUUUGUUGGCAACACAAAGACUCGUGCAAACAGUGCUUGUUGGUAUUUACUGAACCUGUAAUGCGCUUUGCCUGUCUCUGGGGUGUUUUCGUGACCAGUGCAGUGUGCACGCACAUGGGAGUCCCUUGUUGAUGAUGAAGGCAAUGUGAGGUGUUGUUUCUUUGGCUCAACUGACCUGUUCUCGGUGCAGCGUCAUUUAGUCACUAAUUUGGUGAUUGUCAAAAUAUGCAGCAGCUACAGAUGCUGCUGAAUAAUGUAGAACAACACUUAAACAUUCUUCAACCAGUAAAAAAAAAUUAAAAAGGAGGUGCACAAGGAUACGCCGUUAAUUCCUUUGUGCACUUGGCCUACUGUACUUUGCACUGGUCUUUGCCACUACUCCUUUAAUAGAGCCAGGGUUUUGUUUUUUUUUUUUUA